CUGGUAUAUAAACUUUUCGUGUGAUUGGGGGCCAUUUUAUUUCGUGAAACGAAGCCGUCAAUCGCGCACGUUUGCUGAGCGUUCCUAAGUAUUAUUCUAAGUGUCGACUGAUUACUAUCUAGCACUAGGCCAAGAAGCAUUACUAGACAGACACAACAAUGGCCAAACCACCAGCAGUGGGUAUUGAUCUGGGUACAACCUACUCUUGCGUGGGUGUAUUCCAACAUGGCAAGGUGGAGAUUAUCGCUAAUGACCAGGGCAACAGGACAACGCCGUCGUACGUUGCCUUCACCGACACCGAGCGUCUCAUUGGUGAUGCCGCUAAGAACCAGGUGGCGAUGAACCCCAACAACACCAUCUUUGAUGCCAAACGUCUUAUUGGGCGCAAAUUCGAUGAUGCCACUGUACAAGCUGACAUGAAGCAUUGGCCUUUUGAGGUUAUCAGUGAUGGAGGCAAACCAAAGAUUAAAGUUUCAUACAAGGGUGAAGAUAAGACCUUCUUCCCCGAGGAAGUUAGCUCAAUGGUCCUUACAAAGAUGAAGGAAACAGCUGAGGCCUACCUCGGCAAAACUGUGCAGGAUGCAGUCAUCACGGUUCCAGCGUACUUCAAUGAUUCACAAAGGCAGGCCACAAAGGAUUCGGGUACUAUCUCUGGCUUGAAUGUUCUCCGUAUUAUCAACGAACCGACUGCUGCUGCGAUUGCAUACGGUCUUGACAAAAAGGGUGGCGGAGAACGUAAUGUCCUUAUUUUCGACCUUGGCGGCGGUACUUUCGAUGUGUCCAUCCUGACCAUCGAGGAUGGUAUCUUCGAGGUGAGAUCUACUGCCGGAGACACCCAUUUGGGAGGCGAAGACUUCGACAACCGAAUGGUGAAUCACUUUGUACAAGAAUUCAAGAGGAAAUACAAGAAGGAUCUCACUACCAACAAGAGAGCCCUUCGUCGUUUACGAACAGCGUGUGAACGCGCGAAGAGAACUCUCUCUUCUUCUACUCAAGCAAGCAUUGAAAUUGACUCGCUCUUCGAAGGUAUUGAUUUCUACACCUCCAUCACCAGGGCGCGCUUUGAAGAAUUGAACGCGGAUUUGUUCAGAUCCACCAUGGAACCGGUCGAGAAAUCGCUCCGUGACGCCAAGAUGGACAAGUCUCAAAUCCAUGACAUAGUCCUGGUUGGUGGCUCUACUCGUAUUCCCAAGGUCCAGAAGCUCCUUCAAGAUUUCUUUAACGGAAAAGAGCUCAACAAGUCCAUCAACCCUGAUGAGGCCGUAGCUUAUGGUGCGGCUGUACAGGCUGCAAUUUUGCAUGGUGAUAAGUCUGAAGAGGUGCAGGAUCUGCUUCUGCUUGAUGUUACACCUCUGUCUCUUGGUAUUGAAACUGCAGGUGGUGUAAUGACCACACUGAUCAAGCGUAACACCACCAUCCCUACUAAGCAAAACCAAAUUUUCACUACUUACUCGGACAAUCAGCCCGGUGUGCUCAUCCAGGUCUUUGAGGGUGAGCGUGCCAUGACCAAAGAUAACAACCUCCUUGGAAAAUUCGAACUGACUGGUAUUCCUCCUGCGCCUCGUGGUGUUCCUCAGAUCGAGGUCACCUUCGACAUCGACGCUAAUGGUAUCCUCAAUGUGUCUGCUUUGGAGAAGUCUACCAACAAGGAGAACAAAAUCACCAUCACAAAUGAUAAAGGUCGCCUGUCUAAAGAGGAAAUUGAGCGUAUGGUUAACGAGGCUGAGAAGUACAGGACUGAAGAUGAAAAACAGAAGGAAACUAUCCAGGCCAAGAACGCUCUGGAGUCCUACUGCUUCAACAUGAAGUCAACAAUGGAAGAUGAGAAACUGAAAGAUAAGAUUUCUGAUAGUGAUAAGCAGACCAUCCUGGACAAAUGCAAUGACACCAUUAAAUGGCUGGACUCCAACCAAUUGGCCGAUAAGGAGGAAUAUGAACACAAGCAGAAGGAAUUGGAGGGCAUUUGCAACCCAAUCAUCACUAAGCUGUACCAAGGAGCUGGUGGUGCCCCUGGCGGUAUGCCCGGCGGUAUGCCUGGCUUCCCCGGUGGAGCCCCAGGCGCAGGAGGUGCCGCUCCCGGUGGCGGUGCCGGUCCAACCAUAGAGGAGGUCGAUUAAAACACAUUCCACGUUUUUGCAUUAAGAUUUUAUGGCAUAGUGGUAUAAGCCCCAUGCUUUAAAUUCAAUAAAUGAUUGAAACCAA